AUGUCUGGCUACCCUAACCAGCCUCCCGGCUACGGCUACGGGUACGGCGCGCCUCCGCCAUCGCAAUCCUACGGCGCUCCUCCGCCCUCGCAGUCCUAUGGCGCGCCGCCGCCCGGCCAGUCCUACGGCGCCGGCCCCUACGGCCAGCCGUCCGCUCCCUACGCCGCUCCUUACGGCAAACCACCGAAGGAAGAGUCCCACUCCCACGGCGGCAGCGGUGGAGGUUAUCCAGCAGCGCCGGCGUACGGGAGCCCGUUCGCGGCGCUGGUACCGUCGGCGUUUCCCCCGGGCACGGACCCGAACGUUGUGGCGUGCUUCCAGAUGGCGGAUCAAGACGGAAGCGGGUUCAUCGACGACAAGGAAAUGCAGAGAGCGUUGUCUUCGUAUAACCAAAGUUUCAGCCUCAGAACCGUUCAUCUUCUUAUGUAUCACUUCACCAAUUCCAACGUCAAGAAGAUAGGACCCAAGGAAUUCACAUCUUUAUUUUACAGUCUUCAGAACUGGAGGUCCAUUUUUGAGAGAUUUGACAAGGACAGAAGUGGCAAAAUCGACUCCUUCGAGUUGCGAGAUGCUUUACUGAGUCUGGGUUAUGCUGUUUCUCCUGUUGUAUUGGAUUUGCUCGUCUCAAAGUUUGACAAAACCGGGGGAAAAAGCAAGGCUAUUGAAUAUGACAAUUUCAUCGAGUACGGCUUUUCUAUACAAAUCUGUAAAAGAAUGAGAAGAAAGUCGUCCUUGUGUUGCCUUACUGUCAAGGGACUAACUGACAAAUUCAAAGAGAAGGAUACUACAUAUUCUGGCUCUGCAACCUUCUCCUAUGAAUCGUUUAUGCUGACAGUCCUGCCAUUCCUAGUAGCCUAG